GAAUAAAAUCUAUUUAAUAAAAUCAUACAUGCAUUUAACGAUCAACAAAUUUUAAAAAAUGGAUACAGAAUUAAAACCAAGUGAAAUUAUUAUUAGCAUUGAUAGCUAUCGUCGUUUAGUAAAACAUUACAUGCAUUUGCAUUUAUACGGUGCAGCAUUAUAUUGGGCCGAUAAAGUCGUUGCGUUAAGUAAAAAUGAUCCGAACGAUAUAUAUUGGAUGGCACAAUGCAUGUACUUACAAAAGCAAUAUCACAGAGCCGCACAUUUAAUUCGUAGUAGAGGAUUAGAAAAAAUUCAUUUACAAUGCCACUAUUUAACAAUAAAAAGUUUAUUCGAAGCUGGUGAAUUAACAGAGGCUUUACAAACUAUUGAUUCUGCUGAUGUGAAUACUAGUUUUCAAAAUACAUCACAAUUUACUAAAAUCGGCGAAUCGAUUGAUACAAAUCAAAUUUUUGAUGAAACCCCUAAAAACCAAGUGCAGGCUGGAAUAUUUUUAUUAAAAGGUCGAAUAUAUGAAGCAUUAGACAAUAGAGGAAUGGCUCGAGAUUGUUAUAGAAAUGCCUUACAAUUGGAUGUUUAUUGUUACGAUGCUUUUGAAGCUUUAAUUCAACAUCAAAUGUUAACUUCGUCAGAAGAAACAGAAUUGUUAGAAUCUCUACCAAUAUAUCAGCAAUGUACUCAAUCCGAAGGACAAGUAUUAAAAUAUUUAUACGAAAUGAAAUUACGAAAAUAUCAUUCCACAUGUAAAAUCUCCGAGAAUGAAAGUUUACCAUUUCUGACAGCAUUAUCGUCAUCACAACAUGAUAAAACUACACGAUUAUCGACUACUGAUAAUAUUAUACUACCAAGAGAUACAAUGUCCUUGGAUAUAAGUAUACCAAUGAAUAAUAUAUUAAGUAAAAAUGUGAAAAUACAAAAUUUAUAUAAUACGAAAAAAACACAAGACUCGAAAAAACAACAAAAUGAAACUGUUAUUGAUAAAUUACAACGUAGUUUAGAUAAAGCUGUUAGUGUGGCAGAGAAAUAUUAUUAUAAUUGUCAAUAUUCAUAUUGUAUUAAAAUUACUGAGGCCAUUUUAAAAGAAGAUCCAUUUCAUAGUCAAUGUUUACCAGUGCAUAUUGCGUGUUUGGUAGAUUUAAAAGAAUCGAAUAAACUAUUUUAUUUAGCUCAUCGGUUAGUAGCCUUAUAUCCCGAUUUAGCAAUAUCAUGGUUUGCUGUUGGGUGUUACUAUUAUGUAAUUGGUAAAAGUGAUCCAGCUCGGAGGUAUCUAUCAAAAGCAACAACAUUAGAUCGUUUAUUUGGACCAGCAUGGCUCGCUUAUGGACAUUCAUUUGCCGUUGAGAAUGAACAUGAUCAAGCAAUGGCUGCAUAUUUUAAAGCUUCACAAUUAAUGAAAGGUUGUCAUUUGCCAUUGCUGUAUAUUGGUUUGGAAUGUGGUUUGACAAAUAAUGAACGAUUAGCUGAAAAAUUCUUUCAACAAGCCAAAGUGAUUGCGCCUGAAGAUCCAUUUGUCAUGCAUGAAAUGGGUGUUAUUGCAUUUCAGAAUUUAGACUAUAAAACAGCCGAGAGACAUUUUCGUGAUGCAUUGGCUCGAAUAAAUACAACAAAUGGUUCAACGCUAGUAGAAAAAUGGGAACCAUUAUUAAAUAAUUUAGGGCAUACUUGUCGGAAACGUAAAAAGUAUCAUGAGGCACUUGAAUUUCAUAAACAAGCAUUAACUGUUGCACCACAAAAUGCUGCCACCUAUUCUGCAUUAGGAUAUGUUCAAGCUUUGUUGGGACGCACACAAGAAGCUGUUGAAUCAUUUCAUAAAGCUUUAGGUUUACGAAAGAAUGACACGUUUAGUAUAACCAUGUUACGAUUGGUGGUUGAUGAACUGUUGGAAGAAACACCACCAUUUGUUGGUGCUCCGGAACAAAUGCCAGAUUUUGAUAUGAUUUCAACACGAAAAUCAAGUUCGGAUCGUACUUUAUCAGAUAUAAGUGGAAUAAUACCUACUUCGCCAGAGAAUGAUACAAUACCUAUUGUAGACAAUAGUGCGAUGAAUGAAACUGGCAAUACAACUAAUGCUAACAAUACAUGCCUGAAUGAUAUGAGUAUGAGUUUUGAUUAGCGACGACGGAUUAUUAGUCAAGCGAAUAAUGGAGAACAAUUAAGAGUAUGAUUUAUUAGCAACGUCAUCACUUUUAUGUUUUACAUUUGAUCUCUUUGAUAU